AUGAAGGAUAUAAUGGCAAGUUGGGAUAGGAAACUUCUUACAGCUGCAGCGGAGGGGAAUAUAAAAGAGGUAGAAUUAUGUGUAAAGAACAGAGCUAACUUGGAAUGUAGAGAUGGUGUAGGAAUGACACCAUUAAUAUGGGCGGCUGCGAGAGGACGCCUGGAGGUGGUGACUUACCUGGUCACUCACGGCAGUCAGUUAGACGCUACAGACCUGAGAGGAUGGACACCAUUAAUGUUGGCGGCUGUGAACGGACACCUGGAGGUGGUGACUUACCUAGUCACUCAUGGCAGUCAGUUAGACGCUACAUCCAAGGAUGGAGAAACAGCUUUACAUCUUGCUGCUAGGAAUGGACAGAUUGAUGUUACAAAAUGUUUAAUAGACCAAGGAUGCAGUCCUUGGGUGAAAACAUUGGAGGUAACAUUCCGUUUUAUUCUUAUUAGAUAG